AAUUGGGAGCUAGCUUGCUUCCGCGCCGCUGGUCCCUCAAGGUUCUUUAAAGUCUGGUCGGGGAAGGAGAUAAGUCGGCAGCUUGCUUUGCAGUUGGAGCCGAAGGCGGAGCAGUAGGAAUUCUCCAUGAGGGAGAAACACAGCACGACAACGAAGGCCGAGGCAUCGCCGGAGGCGAAGGAGUCGCCAGGCUCACUAGUGGAGAAUUCUUCUUCGCCGAAGAAACACCAGGGAAAUGCUGCAGACAGCAGAGAUGCUCUUCUGGCACUGAUCGCAAACGAGAAGGUGAUGUCCUUAAUCCAGGCUUGGGAAGAAAAUGAAAAGACAAAAGUGGAAAAUAAAACUGAAAAGAAGAUGUCGUCCAUUCUUUCUUGGGAGAACUCGAAGAAGGCAGCUCUUGAGGCAGAACUCAGAAAGAUCCAGGAAAAACUGGAGGAGAAGAAAGCAGAAUGUGGAGAGAAAAUGAAGAACAAGAUCGCAAUGAUCCACAAGGAAGCAGAGGAGAGGAGAGCGAUGGCAGAAGCUCGGCGGAAGGUAGAGCUGCUUAAAGUCGAUGAUAGAGCUUCAGAGUAUCGAUCAAGUGGCCAUCUUCCUAAGAGGCGUUUCGGAUGUUGCAGCUCUUAAAUCUCCUGUAGUUGGAAAAGAAAAAUGUGGGAAAGUUCUUGUUGUAUAUAAAAAAUAAUGAUA